AUGCCGUCCCUUGUCACGCAGACACCCAAAAAUGGCCUCACCAAGUUUACAAACUGCCGCUUAGUGAGGGGCAACUCGUUGGUGUGGGAGGAUCUGUGGGUAAGCUCAGUGACGGGGAAAAUCAUCCAGAGCCAGACCGCAUUCUACGAUGACUUGGUCCUACCGGAAGAGACAAUCAAUCUGGGAGGGCGGAUCCUCUCGCCCGGUCUUAUCGAGUGUCAACUGAAUGGUGCCUUCGGCUUCAACUUUUCGACCGUAUUCCCAGAGAUGUCGCAAUAUGGCAAGCGGUUAAGAGACCUGAACAGAAGGUUGAUUCAAACCGGUGUUACGUCCUACAUUCCGACUGUUACGAGUCAGGCAAGCGACUUGUACAAAGCCGUUCUUCCCUACCUUGGACCAUCUGGCGCCAACAGACAGCCGGAAGACGGUGCUGAAUCACUCGGAGCACACGUCGAAGGGCCGUUCUUGAGCCCAACGAAGAAGGGUGUUCACAACGUGAAUAUUCUCAGGGAAGCCGAAACCUGGAAAGAUCUCGAGGAUAUGUAUGGCGCGGAGAACAUCAACCCUGAGCUGGCAAAAGGGCCGCUGCCCGUCAGGAUGGUCACUGCAGCUCCUGAGCGUGGCCGCAUGACAGAUCUUGUCCCGGAGCUGACCUCGCGCGGUAUCAUUUACUCUAUCGGUCAUUCAGAAGCGACCUACGAGGAGGCAUCUAAAGCUGUAGCCGCCGGCGCGACGAUGAUCACUCAUCUCUUCAACGCCAUGCGCCCUCUACACCACCGAAACCCAGGCAUUUUCGGCGUGCUGGGUACUGCUGAGAGCCUUCCGAGACCAUACUACGGUGUUAUCUCGGACGGCAUGCACCUGCACCCCACGACGGUCAAGAUCGCGUUCAAUGCCUAUCCGGAUGGCUUUAUCCUUGUUACCGAUGCAAUGCAUAUUGUCGGUCUGCCGGAUGGCAGUUAUGAGUGGACGAAUGGAGAAGCAGGCUUCCGUCUCCUGAAACAGGGCUUCCUGGUCACUCAGGAGGGUUCAGAUACUAUUGCUGGAAGCUCCAUCGUUCUGAUCGAAUGUGUCAACAACUUCAUGGAAUGGACUGGGGCUUCGAUUCCCCAGGCUCUCAAGGCGGUGACCUCUACACCUGCGGCCAUGCUGGGUCUUCAAGGCGUCAAGGGCUCUCUUGAGCCGGGCGCUGACGCAGAUUUUGUGAUCUUCACUGAGGAAGAGACCAAGACCGGCAGCCCCCGUCUAGUGGUCGAUGAGGUCUGGAAGUUUGGAACCCGGGUCUUCGAGAAAGAUGAGCCAUUCUCCCCUGCUUCGACAGGGUCGCCGGUGCCCGCUUAUUCUGCAUAA